GUGCACUUUGUUCAAGAGAACUUUAAGAAGAGAGAGUGUGUGUUUUUCACUAAAGAUGCCAAGUCUGAUGACACCCAAUGUAAGUGUGGAUAUUUGAAAUCACAACAUGUAGAAGAGAUGCAGAUUAACAAUAAUGAGAAAUGGAAUUAUAAAAAACAUACUAAAGAAUUCCCAACUGAUGCUUUUGGGGACAUUGAAUUUGAAAAUUUGGGUAAGACAGGAAAGUACAUUCGCCUGUCAUGUGACACAGACUCAGAAACCCUCUAUGACCUAAUGACCCAACAUUGGCAUCUGAAAACACCCAACCUCAUCAUCUCUGUCACAGGGGGAACAAAAAAUUUUGCUUUAAAGCCACGCAUUCGUAAGAUAGUCAGCCGGUUAAUCUAUAUUGCACAGUCCAAAGGAGCCUGGAUACUCACUGGAGGUACACAUUAUGGACUGAUGAAGUAUAUUGGAGAAGUAGUACGAGACAAUACGAUCAGCAGGAGCUCUGAAGAGAAUGUGAUUGCUCUUGGCAUAGCUGCGUGGGGCAUGGUGUCUAAUCGUGAGGGUCUCAUCAGAAGCUGUGAUGCUGAGACCUAUUAUUCAGCACACUACAUCAUGGAUGACCUCAAAAGGGAUGCAUUAUACUGCUUGGAUAAUAAUCAUACGCAUCUAAUUUUGGUUGAUAAUGGAACUCAUGGGUAUCAAGGUAUAGAGGCAAAGUUACGCAUCCAGUUAGAAAAAUAUAUUUCAGAACUCAUUAUUCCAGAUUCUAAUUACGGUGGAAAGAUUCCAAUUGUGUGUUUUGCCCAAGGAGGAGGAAAAGAAACUCUGAAAGCAAUUAACACUGCCAUCAAGAACAAAAUUCCCUGUGUUGUAGUGGAAGGUUCUGGUCAGAUAGCAGAUGUGAUUGCAAGCUUGAUAGAGGCAGAAGGCACACUUACUUCCUCAUCUGUUAAAGAGAGAUUGCUCAGAUACUUGCCUCGCACACUUUCUAGACUCAAUGAAGAGGAGAUUGAGAGUUGGAUCAAAUGUAUCAAAGAAAUACUUGAAAAUCCUCAUCUGCUAACUGUGAUCAAAAUUGAAGAAGCUGGGGAUGAAAUUGUGAGCAAUGCCAUUUCAUAUGCUCUUUAUAAAGCUUUCAGCACAAACGAACAAGAUAAAGAUAACUGGAAUGGUCAACUGAAAUUGCUAUUGGAAUGGAAUCAAUUGGACCUAGCCAGUGACGAGAUUUUUACCAAUGAUCGACGUUGGGAGUCUGCUGACCUUCAGGAUGUCAUGUUUACAGCCUUGGUAAAGGACAGACCGAAAUUUGUUCGUCUCUUUCUUGAAAAUGGGCUGAAUUUAAGGAAGUUCCUCACUCACGAAGUUUUAACGGAACUCUAUACAAACAACUUCAGCAAUGUGGUGUUUAAAAACCUACAAAUUGCUAAGAACUCCUACAAUGAUGCUCUUCUUACAUUUGUAUGGAAAAUGGUAGAGGAUUUCAGAAAAGGCAUAAAAAAAGAAGACAAAAAUGGCAAAGAUGACAUAGAGAUACAGCUGCUGGAUGGAUCUCUUAUCACGAGGCACCCCUUGCAAGCUCUCUUUAUUUGGGCUAUCCUUCAAAACAAAAAGGAACUAUCCAGCGUAAUUUGGGAGCAGACUAGAGGCUGCACCUUGGCAGCACUAGGGGCCAGCAAGCUCCUGAAAAGCUUGGCUAAGGUAAAGAAUGAUAUCAAUGCUGCUGGAGAAUCGGAAGAGCUGGCAAAUGAGUAUGAAACAAGAGCUAUGGAGUUGUUCACGGAAUGUUACAGCAGUGAUGAAGAUCUGGCAGAACAGCUUCUUAUAUAUUCCUGUGAAGCGUGGGGUGGAAACAGUUGUCUAGAACUUGCUGUAGAAGCAAAGGACCAACAAUUCAUUGCUCAGCCAGGAGUCCAGAAUUUUCUUUCCAAACAAUGGUAUGGGGAAAUUUCCAGAGACACCAAGAAUUGGAAAAUUAUUCUGUGCCUUUUCCUUUUCCCUUUAAUAGGGUGUAGCUUCAUUUCCUUCAGGAAAAAGCCAAUAGAAAAGAGCAAAAAACUGUUCUUCUACUAUGCGUGGUUCUUCACUUCACCAUUCGUGGUCUUCUCUUGGACUGUCAUCUUCUACAUUGCCUUUCUCCUCCUAUUUGCCUAUGUUCUGCUCAUGGAUUUCCAAAAAGAGCCCACUAUGCUGGAACUGAUUCUCUAUGUGCUGGUUUUCAUCCUGCUUUGUGAUGAAUGGUAUAUGAAUGGGAGUAAAUAUUUUUCUGAUUUAUGGAAUGUUAUGGACACCCUUGGAAUUUUCUACUUCAUAUCAGGAAUUGUGUUCAGGCUCCACUCUUCAAAUGAAACAUCUUGGUAUUCUGGCAGAGUAAUUUUUUGUCUGGAUUACAUUAUUUUUACUCUAAGAUUAAUCCAUAUUUUCACAGUAAGCAGGAAUCUCGGUCCCAAGAUAAUUAUGCUUCAGCGGAUGCUGAUAGAUGUCUUCUUCUUCUUGUUCCUCUUUGCUGUGUGGAUGGUGGCUUUUGGUGUAGCCAGACAAGGGAUCCUGCGAAAGAAUGAACAGCGCUGGGAAUGGAUAUUCCGAUCAGUCAUCUAUGAGCCUUACCUUGCAAUGUUUGGCCACUAUCCUUCUGAUAUUGAUGGUACCACAUAUGAUUUUGAUCACUGUACCUUCCUUGGCAAUGAAUCCAAGCCUCUGUGUGUAGAAGUGGAUUCCAAUAACCUCCCCCGCUUCCCCGAAUGGAUCACUAUUCCAUUAGUGUGCAUCUACAUGCUGUCCACCAAUAUCCUCUUAGUUAAUUUAUUAAUAGCCAUGUUUGGCUACACCGUUGGAACAGUUCAGGAAAACAAUGACCAAGUAUGGAAGUUCCAGCGCUAUUUCUUGGUUCAGGAGUACUGCAGCCGUUUAGCUAUACCAUUUCCUUUUGUCAUCUUUGCCUAUAUCUACAUGGUGAUGAGGAAACUUUUUAAAUGCUGUUGUAAAAAUGAAUAUAGAGAACCAUCCAUUUGCUGUUCAAGAAAUGAAGAUAAUGAAACUUUGGCAUGGGAAGCUGUCAUGAAAGAAAAUUACCUCGUGAAAAUCAAUACCAAACCCAGUGACUCAUCCGAAGUAAUGGCCCAACAAUUUAGACAACUGGAAACCAAGACAGCUUAUGGAAGCUAAAGCUAAAUUUAGGUACAUUCAAAUUUCACAGUCAACAAAUGUUGGUGAACUUAGCUACAAGCUACAGAGAGCAACCAAGGUAUAUAACUUUCGAUUAAUACUACAAGCCAAUUUACCCUUCCCUGGGAGCAAGUUCAGUUAAACUUUUUGGGUUUGCCUUUAAGUAAAUGCAUCUAGGAGUGCAUUGUUAAUGCACUCCUAGAUGAACUUUUCUGUAAUUCAGUUUAAUAGUCAAGAUCAGUCUUGUGCCUGAAAUGUAAUAAUUGUAAUUUCCAAUUAACCUAUUGCACUCUUACAAAGUUGUUAUUGUUUUUUAAGCUGAAUGAUUUGAAGUCUCUUCUGAAAGAUAUCAGUAACAAAUUAAGAUGAAAAUUGCAUCCAAGAGGAUAUGUCAUCUGGUAUCUACAUCGAUGAACAAAUAAUAGCUCAUGGGCUAAAUCUGACACUUUGCUUUUUUCUUUACACUCCUUGUAUUUAUUUUACAAGAAAAUUGUAAGCUAAUUAUUUUAUUUGUUUCAGUACAAUCUUUCAAUAUAAAGAUAAUAUUAAAGAUGGGAAAUACUGAUGUUUUCUAAACUUGGUUGUUGAUUUAUAUUUGUCUUCUGUUAUCUGAGUAAGCUUAUAGCUAUUUACAUUUCACGCCUUCACAAUCAUCCUGGAGGUUCUUUAUUGACAUGUUUCUCUAUCAGACGCAAUUCCAUUGUAAAUGGAAGUAUGUAAGUGAGUAAAAGAUACAGGAGAUACCUGCAUCAUGAGGCUCUGGCAAGCUUCUGCUCAAAAACUUGUAACUAUUGCUGAUUUUUUGGAAUGAGGGGCAUCAUUCAGAAAUAACAAUUCUCUGUUAGGAAGUGACGUGCCUUUUACAAUCUGAGGUCUUGUGCCUGUGAUAGAAGCUUUGCUGCCCCCC